AUGGGGAUGACGGCGUAUCAAUCCCUCAGCGAACGGCUUUUUACAUGGCUACUAACAUUUAUUCGAUGCUAUACGAUUGUCUUCUUUAUACUUCCAUUGAGCUUCUUCUAUAACUUUUUAUUAACAUUGAGAAAUAAAUUCGUUUACACUGUCGGCACUGCUCCACGAGCUCAUUCACGUAAGGUGAUGGCUAUUCAGAGGCAGGUCCACGAAUGGACAAAAGGUGAUCGGAAAAAGAAAAUGCUUCCGAUACACGACGGUGUGUGGGAUUCCUUAACUCGACUACCUAACAAAGAAACGACCCCAAUCUAUACGGGCACCCUUAUGGAUAUCCUUGAAAUAAACCGUGAUGCUUUAACUGUUCGUGUGGAACCAAUGAUCACAAUGGGUGAACUGUCUCGGGUGCUUAUCCCACUCGGGUUCUGUCUGCCGAUACUUCCAGGCACCAAGCAUCUCACUGUCGAAGAUGCUAUAAAUGGCCGUGGAUCAGAUGUGUCUGGUCGAAAAUACGGCUUAUUCCAACAUAUCUGCUUAUCCUACGAACUUAUAAUGCCCGACGGAAGUCUCGUAACCGCCUCUAAGGACAGAGAUGGAGGCGCUGAGACUCAGGCGCUUUUCUACGGUGUACCAUGGAGCGAAGGAACAUUAGGAAUCAUGGUAGCUGCUACUCUACGAAUGAUUCCGAUAAAACCAUAUGUCAAAAUCACCUACAUACCGGUUCGCUCAACUGAGGAGAUGCAGUCCAAGCUCACCGAAGAGGCACAAUGCCGAGAGAACGAAUUCGUCGAAGGACUGCAGUUCACACCUACCACUGGAGUAGUUCUACGUGGGAGAUUUUCCGAAGGACCACCCAAGAAUUGGGGAGCCGCUAAUCAACUAGGCAGAUGGUACAAACCAUGGUUCUAUACUCAUGUACAAAAAGUAAUCACUUCGACUAAGGUUGGUCUUGGUGGAAAAUUCUAA